AUGGCACGGCAAUGGACUGCCAUUUCUUUCCUUGUACUGGCACUGCUAGGGUGCUUACUUUGGACGGAGGUAAGUGCCCAGGAUUCAUGGCAGAAACCUGCAGUAUCUGUGUCAAAGGUCGCUCCACCUUCUCAGACGAAGCAGGUUUAUCAACUUCCACCAAAGGCUCCUCAAUAUCCUCAAGUGCAACAGGUCAAGGCUCCUCAACUUCCUCAGGCUCCUCAGUAUCCACAAAUCCAGGCUCCUCAACUUCCUCAGGCUCCUAAAUAUCCACAAAUCCAGGCUCCUCAGAUGCCUCAGGCUCCUCAACUUCCUCAGACUCCUAAAUAUCCACAAAUCCAGGCUCCUCAGAUGCCCCAGGCUCCUCAACUUCCUCAGGCUCCUAAAUAUCCACAAUUCCAGGCUCCUCAGAUGCCUCAGGCUCCUCAACUUCCUCAGGCUCCUCAAUACCCACAAAUCCAGGCUCCUCAGAUGCCCCAGGCUCCUCAACUUCCUCAGGCUCCUAAAUAUCCACAAAUCCAGGCUCCUCAGAUGCCUCAGGCUCCUCAACUACCCCAGGCUCCUCAAUAUCCACAAAUCCAGGCUCCUCAGAUGCCCCAGGCGCCAAAAUACCCUCAAAUACCUCAAGUACAAGCUCCUCAGAUGCCCCAGGCACCAAAAUACCCUCAAACUCCUCAGAUCCAAUCUCCUCAGAUGCCCCAGGCUCCUCAAUACCAGAAACCGCCACAAGUGCAAGCUCCUCAGAUGCCCCAGGUGCCAAAAUACCCUCAAAUACCUCAGGUACAAGCUCCUCAGAUGCCCCAGGCACCAAAAUACCCUCAAACUCCUCAAAUGCCCCAGGCUCCUCAGAACCCUCAAAGGCCACAGGUCCAACCUGCUUCCCUUCCAAGGUAUCCUCAAUUUCCUCAAGCACCACAGUUGUCUGGGAGUCCUCAAAUAUAUGAUGAUUUUCAGUCUCCCCAAGAGUCAGGGGCCCCUCAUUUGCACCAGCCACAGCAGCCAUCUGGGCAAGAGCAACCACAUCAGCCAUAUCAGCCCUAUCAGCCUCAGCAACCGAAUGAUCCGCAGCCGCAAUAUAAACCUUAUCAACCACAUCAACCAUCUCAACCAUUUCAACCAUAUAAACCAUCACAACCAUCUCAAGGAUAUCAAUCACCCCAGGAACAACAGCAACCAUCUGCACCGCAGCAACCAAAUCAACCACAGCAACCAUAUCAGCCACAGCAACCAUAUCAACCACAGCAACCAUAUCAACCCACAUCCCCACAGGCACCUUCUGUGUACAAGCCCAGUACAAAUAAGCAGCCGUCUUUACAGAGAUGUGAGGUUUUAGAGAGCCAGAAAGUCCCGUGUGGGGGUCCUGAUAUCUCUGCUGCUGCUUGUGAAGCAAUCAGCUGUUGCUUUAAUGGUGGACAAUGCUACUUUGGAAAAGCAGGUGGGUCUUUCAACAUACUGUUUGUUCUUAUUCCUGGACAAGUAUAAUACACAUUACAUAGUCUCUUGUAUCAAGUAGACCCACAUGCUUUACUUUUCUUUGUUCAACAAUGUCAAAUCAUUUUAGCUACCCCUGUCUGUUUUUGUGCCUCCAGUAACUGUCCAGUGUACCAAGGAUGCCCAGUUCAUUGUAGUAGUGGCCAGAGAUGCCACUCUGCCCAACAUUGAUCUUGAGACAAUCUCACUGCUGGGAACAGGUCAGGGUUGCUCGCAUGUUGACUCUAAUUCUGGCUUCGCCAUCUACCAAUUUCCUGUCACUACUUGUGGCUCUGUUGUUAUGGUGAGACCUCUUUAUAUCCACUUUUCAUCCAAAUUACAUACUUCUGGAGGUUGAAUACCCAACUGCAUUUUAUUUUCUAAAUUUUCUAGGAAGAGCCAGGAGUCAUAGUCUAUGAGAACAGGAUGUCAUCUUCAUAUGAAGUUGGAGUUGGGCCACGUGGAGCCAUUACCAGGGACAGCCAUUAUGAGUAUAUGAUCAUUCUUUUCAAAAUUUAAUUGAGUCCAAAUGUAUGUUGUGAUCAAAAAACAUAAAGUAAGUCAUCUUUUCAGGUUGCUCUUCCAGUGUCGGUACACGGGCACCUCUGUUGAAACUGUGGUUGUACAAGUGUUGCCACUGGACAACCCUCCUCUACCUGUUGCUGCACUGGGACCCAUCAGAGUAGACCUGAGGUUGGCCAAUGGACAGUGCAAUACAAAGGGCUGUAAUGAAGGUGUGUGUGCCAGCUGAACAGUGUUGUCAAUCAUUUCAUGUUGCUGGUUGUCAUAGUAACUGGUAUCUUUGCUUUCACAGAGGAUGUGGCCUACAGCUCUUUCUACACAGAGGCAGACUACCCUGUGACCAAAGUACUGAGGGACCCUGUGUACGUGGAGGUUCAGCUCCUUGGAAAGACGGAUCCAAACCUUGUCCUGACCCUUGGACGCUGUUGGACAACCACAAGCCUGAACCCUCACAGUUUUCCCCAGUGGGACAUUCUGAUAGACGGGUAAUAACAAAACCAGUUCCAUUGUCUGACUAAGAUUUCAUUUCCCUUAAAACUCAUGAAUAUUAAAAGUUUACGGAUCUUCAUAGGUCUCAUGGAAAUUUAAGAUACUGACCACCGUUACCUGACCUUCGUUUUGUCACCAUCAGGUGUCCAUACAGAGAUGAUCGCUACUUGUCAUCUCUGGUUCCAGUGGGCCCCUCCUCUGGUCUGGACUUCCCAAGUCACUACCGGCGAUUCAUUUUCAAAAUGUUUACCUUUGUGAACCCUGAGUCAAUGGAGCCCAUGAGGGAACAGGUAGUUACUCAUUCAUUCAUUUUUACAUUUAUAUAUUCAUUCAAUCAAUCCAAAUACAUGAGAAACGGAUGAAAGUAAGUUUUCACUCAGCUAACACUGUUUCUCUUCUUCAGGUGUUCAUUCAUUGCAGUACGGCUGUUUGCACCCGUGCAGCAGGUCACUCUUGUGAACCUUCAUGCUUCAGAAGAAGUAAGAGAUUACGUUAAAGUUUGCAGAAUUCAGAAGCCAAAUGACCUGAUAUCUGACAACUUUUGCAUAAAUGUGUGUCCACAGGGAGAGAUGUCCGAGCUGUGGACCAGAGCAGUGCUGAUCCAAAGGUCGUGGUCUCUAUUGGGCCUGUGAUCAUUUCCCCUGCUGAGCAGUAAACAUCACUGUGUUGAGACCAAUAAAGAGGAUGAAAUUGUUUAGCAAAGUAAAAGAAACAUUACUUGACCCUUUUUUAAAAAGAAAUUUCUUUUUUUAUAUUUUUGUUUCAUUUGUAUAAGACGACUGCUUGAACUGCGAUGAAGAUUCCCUAGAUUACUGUAGUCAGGUUUUUUUUCUUUACAUAUAAUGCAUACUAUUCAGCUAUCUUCAUUAAAUUUAGUUCAUAUUCACAAUCUGUUUGUGAUGAGUUGAAUGACGUGGAUGACUGAAGUUGGUUAAGUUGUUUCAUGCCAGUUCAUUUCAAGCCAAUUGUCUAAACUGUUAAAUAUAAAUUGUAUUACUUCAUUUCAAAUCAUUAACAAAGGCAUUAUUGACUGUUUAAAGUAACAUCAGCUCUAAAAUGAUAAAAUAAGUAGAUAACUUGUUUUAUUUCUCUUAUUAUUCUUAUGAUUAAUUACUACAAAGGAAUUGAUAGUGUUCAGUUCAAUCUGACAUACCUGAUGCUAUUUUUAAAAGAAGUCCUUAAAAUGAAGAGCUUUCAAUUAUCUCCAUCGGGUCCAACAUAGCAUAUUUAAAAAAAAAAACAGUCAAACAGCAAAGCAAGUGUAACAUUCAAAAGGGUGUCACAUUUGAUUAUUUUUUAAAUCUUGUACAAGAAAUAUUUACCCAAACACUGGUAGGCCUUACUUUAUAAAACAAAAGUCCCUUUUAUAAUAAAGAACUCAUGACUGGCCUAGUUAUCUGAAAUAAAUGGUCAUUUAACCUAUAAAAUGCAGCACAUAUAAAAGCUAUCAUAUAAUGUGUGUGAAAUGUAUAAAUCUGAGUUAUCUAGCUGCAGUUGGUUGGGUUUAUACUGUAAAAUGAAUAAAGGUGCAAUAUUGUAGCAGCCAAGGGUAGAGAGAGUAUAAGCUCAUCAUGUUCAUGUAUUUCUCGUGCUUGGGGGAACUCCAGGAUUUACUUUGACAUCACAUGACCCCAGCACACUGUAUAUCUUUGAUAUAAGAAAGGGUUCAUCAUCACAAGUUAAUUUUCCUUGAAAAAUGUGAGCUCUGUCUCAAGGAAAAAAAGUUCUACAACACAACAAUUUUAAUUACUGUCUUCAGGCAACAACUUCUCUGCAGGACUUUAAAUGUUUCUUCAAAAUGUGUUCUGACUGAUAUGUUGUUGUGUUGGCUCAGUCAACAGAGCAGGUGCCAAAAAUACAGAGGCCUGUAUCCCUAUUGUCAUUGUCACUCUUUCUUCUCCAUGUUUCUUGUCUCUCCUCAUUUGUCUUAAUAAUCAAAGAAGAGGCCACAAAGUAAUCUGUCUGAAAAAGACAAUAUAAAGUCAGUAGAUGUCUUAGUUAAGAGUGUUCAGAAGUAUGGUAAUUCCAUAUGGAGCCAUAGGGGUUGAGUCAGAUAAGAUCCAAAUUUGGGUUUCACCAGCAAAAAUUUCCUGUAGGGUAUAAAAACUGGUCUUACCAGAUUACCUCCACUAAAACCAUGCAGCACAGCAUAUCCACCACAGCGGUCACUGAAUUUCAAAUUUGCUGAUGGCAUAUACUUGUCAACAGACCCCCUGAUGCCCGCAAUCAAACAAUAAACUUGAGUGCUUCCCUGUAUAUUUAUUUUUUCUCUCUUUCAUUUCAAUGUGUGCACAAUCAUUAAGAAAGGACAUCAAUUCUGGUUUAUGCCCAUCCCUCUACACUCUGUAGGCCUACACCAAAGUCCACACCAGCCCUCACCCACGACCACUUAGUUUAAAUAAACAGAUGACACUGCUAUCAUUGCUCUCCUCAUAAAUAUUAAUUUCAAUAUCUCCAUUGGAGUGAGAACAGUGAGAACAACCCCCUCAAGCUAAAUGUCAAUGAAACUGAAGAAAUGUCACCUGUCAUCCAAGCCCUCCUCCACACUUCGAAGCACAUAACACCUUCUUAUAUCUUUGACUCACAUUAGAUUAUAAACUGAGUCACGGCCAACACACAAAAGACACUUAAACGCUGUACAAAAGCAUAAUGGACUCCAUGUCAUCUCAUUUCCUGCUACUGCUACAUAAGGCAUCAUCCCACCCUUCCUGCUGAACUGCUCUGCCUGUUUCUACAGUAUGCUCAUUUUCCAAAACUGAACUAAACUCAAACAUAUAACUAACACCCUCACAAGAUAAUAGGCCUCCCCACUCCCAGCUUCUGAGAGCAAAACACUAAAGGCUAAAACAAACAUGCUAGGGGUCCAGAGUCUUGACGUACAAAAGGGCCCGCUUUGGGAAAGCCCCCUUCCUUAGCCACGGCAAACUUUAAUACAAACUUCCAGGGGCGCCUCCUAAAUUGCUCGGUUUCUAUGUGCCUGUGUCAUGUGGUGAUCGUCAUGUAGUGUCAUCCACCCAACUAACGAACCAAACAACCAAGAGUCUAACUAACCAACUAGCCAACUGACUAGCUAAUCAGCCAUCUAGCCUUCCGACAAACCAAUCAACCAACAAACAGAGCAACUAGCUGACCAACUAACCAUCUAACCAACCCAAUAACAAGAUAAAAAGUAACUAACUCACCAACACGCUCACUAGCCAUACAUCCAAUCAUGUCAUGUACUAACUAUACAACUACUUAACUAGCUAACUAAAUAACUAACAAACCUCCAAAUAGCUACUUACCAAAUAGUUAUCUAGCAAACCAAACAACCAAACAACCAUCUAGCCUACUUACUAAGCAAUUAAAAAACAACAACAACAACAGCAACCAGCAAACCAAUGACUGAAGUAAUCAACUUACCAACUAGCUUUCUAACUAACCAACCACCCAUCUAGCCUACUAAUCAACCAAUUCAUUAAUCGACCAACCAACUGGCCAACUAACAGUCUAACCUACUAACAGACCAGCAAACCAACUAACUAACUAACUAACUAACUAACUAACUAACUAACUAACUAACUAACUAACUAACUAACUAACUAACUAACUAACUAACUAACAUUAUCUUAUGAGGUCAAACAACUUUUUUGUUUUUAUGAUUGACCUACUUAGUUGGACUGCAGACUCAGGGUAAAACCACAAAGUUGAUACUACAAGAAAUGUCAUAUCAAAGGUCCUCUGAACACCAAUCAGAAUGACUUAUUUGCUGACCCAGUGGCCCAUUUUCUUUCACCAUCUAAUAAUAUGUGUACAUAGAGACCACAGACAAUUAUUGGUUUGUAAAUUAAAUUUUGAAAGUCUCUGAGCUCAGCAGUUAUACUGGUGUAGAAAAUGCUAGAAGUCCUCACGUUUUGUUGAGAGCACUUUUUGUAUCACAAGGUUUAAAACAUACAAUAAUUGUGAUUUUUACAUUCUGUGCUAUCAAAGUCACUAAAGUUAGGUGGGCCAGUAAACCUUUUAAAAUCAAUUUAAAAAAAAAUGUUUUCCACCUAAAAGAACUUCCAAACCAGGUGCAAGCAUCAACAGGCACUAUCAUUAUUAAUCAUAAUUUGUUAUACUUGAUCAUAAAAGAACUCACGCUUUUACUAACCUCUAUAUUAUACUGUGUUAGUUAAUAUUUAGAGUGGCUGUCUCAGUCUCACAGACAAACUGUGUAGUGACUAUGCUGACCUGAAUUUUAGUCACUGUCUGGGUGCAGGAGUAAGGUGUUUUUGACGUGCUUCUAGAAUAAUCCAAUGUCCAAUCCAAGGUUGUUGUUGAGUUAUAUUUUGCCAUUUAUUGAUUAAAUGAAAAACAAACAAAAAAAGACAGAUACGUCCAUCUUACUACAAUGGUGAUGUUCGGGAUGAGGGUGAAAGUAGUGUCAGAGAUUAGUGGUAAAAACCGUGUGCUCUACCCGUUACCCAGAUCACUGCUUCACCUGUGUCCCUUUGUAGCAUUUAUCUGCCCAUUCACCUGAAGUGCCCUUGUGGCGAUUGUGCGAGUAACAAAACAAAACCCCAAAAAUAAUAUAGAUAAAAUGGCUCAUACACUGUGGCUGACAUAGAUUUAUGCAGUACAUUUUUGUUGCAGCAGAAGCAAAGCUCUCUGCUCUGGUGAAUAAGAAAUGACUGUGUUUAAAGUAAUGGUGAUCAGAGUAAAUAUGUUCAUUAUUGGUUAUUAGUGUUAAAUGGAUACCAGAGGGUUUUAAUACUACUAGAUUUAAUCAAUUUAAAAUUAGAUUGGUGUGAACAAGUGCUUAAACUUUAACGUUAUUCAUGGAAACUUCUCUAAAAGGUUUGUUGAAAAUAAAGGUAAUUAUUAACUAAUAGAGUCUACAGCCACUCUGACCCUCAUAAAGGUGAAUCUGACCCAAAUCUGAAGUGCCCUUGUGGCGAUUGUGCGAGUAACAAAACAAAACCCCAAAAAUAAUAUAGAUAAAAUGGCUCAUACACUGUGGCUGACAUAGAUUUAUGCAGUACAUUUUUGUUGCAGCAGAAGCAAAGCUCUCUGCUCUGGUGAAUAAGAAAUGACUGUGUUUAAAGUAAUGGUGAUCAGAGUAAAUAUGUUCAUUAUUGGUUAUUAGUGUUAAAUGGAUACCAGAGGGUUUUAAUACUACUAGAUUUAAUCAAUUUAAAAUUAGAUUGGUGUGAACAAGUGCUUAAACUUUAACGUUAUUCAUGGAAACUUCUCUAAAAGGUUUGUUGAAAAUAAAGGUAAUUAUUAACUAAUAGAGUCUACAGCCACUCUGACCCUCAUAAAGGUGAAUCUGACCCAAAUCUUUAACUUGUCAAUACAUACCUAAAUGUUACAAUGUCAUCCAAGUCAGUGAUCUAACAGGACACGUGUUCCACCCCCUUGUCCGGCUGGUCUAAAGAGAUAUCAAAAUGCCCACCUGUAUAAUGUUGUAAUGUUGUCCCUAACCCCAGGGAGCUUGUGAAUGGCUACUGAUAAAAUACAAGGCUGUCAUUGGUAGUUAAAAAUCCUCAGAGGUUUUUUCAAAAUUAACCCUUCUCACAUAUAAAUGUGUCAGCAUUAGUGGUUUACCAGGGGACUUUCUGGAUUGGACUGCUCUCAAACCAUGGCGAAACACUGGAGUGCCACAUAUCUAGUGGCUCUUGGAUUACUAGGAUGUUUGAUUGGGGCAGAGGUAGAAGCUCAGGAUGCAUCAUGGCAGAAGCCUGCACCAGCAACGUCUAAGGGGGCUCCACCUCCUCAGACACCCAAAGAACUUGCUAGACCUCCAGCACCACAGCUUCCGCAAUUCCAAGCUCGACCACCUCAGGGUCCUUUUUAUCCUCAAGCACCAAAGUCCCCGCAAGUCCAAGCUCCUCCACCACCCCCAGCGCCAAAAUUCCCGCAAGUCCAAGCUCCUCCACCACCCCCAGCGCCAAAGUUCCCGCAAGUCCAAGCUCCUCCACCACCUCAAGCACCACAGGUUAAACCGGCAGCACCACCACAGUAUCCUCAUUUUUCUCAGUUUGAUCAAUCCCCAAAGGAGCCAGAGAUCUUACAACCACAGCAACCCCAGCAACCCCAGCGUCCAGUGCAACAGACACCUUCUGUGUACAACCCAGGUGGAGCAAAGCAACCCUCUGCUCAGACCUGUGAGGUUGAAGGACGUCUAAGGAUUCCAUGUGGAGGUCCUGAUAUCUCUGCUGCUGGAUGUGAAUCCAUUAACUGCUGCUUUGAUGGCCAACAGUGCUACUUUGGAAAGGCAGGUAAGUGAAGUCUGUGUUAUGGCCAUAAGUUUAGUAGCGAGAUCCCCUGAUUUUUGAGUUAACUUUCAGUGUCAAUGAAGAAAUAAGAAGUGAGUUUGAGCUUUUUUAACCUCUGUUCAACAAUGUCAAAUCAUUUUAGCUACCACUGUCUGUUUUUGUGCCUCCAGUAACUGUCCAGUGUACCAAGGAUGCCCAGUUCAUUGUAGUAGUGGCCAGAGAUGCCACUCUGCCCAACAUUGAUCUUGAGUCAAUCUCACUGCUGGGAACAGGUCAGGGUUGCUCGCAUGUUGACUCUAAUUCUGGCUUUGCCAUCUACCAAUUUCCCGUCACUACUUGUGGCUCUGUUGUCAUGGUGAGACCUCUUUUUUUAUCCACUUUUCAUCUGAAGUACAGACUUCUGGAGGUUGAAUUCCCAACUGCAUUUUAUUUUCUAAAUUUUCUAGGAAGAGCCAGGAGUCAUAGUCUAUGAGAACAGGAUGUCAUCUUCAUAUGAAGUUGGAGUUGGACCACGUGGAGCCAUUACCAGAGACAGCCAAUUUGAGUACAUACUUGCUCCUUUAAAAACAUUCUUGAGUCCAAAUGUAUGUUGUGAUCAAAAAACAUAAAGUAAGUCAUCUUUUCAGGUUACUCUUCCAGUGUCGGUACACGGGCACCUCUGUUGAAACUGUGGUUGUACAAGUCUUGCCAUUGGACAACCCUCCUCUACCUGUUGCUGCCCUGGGACCAAUCAGAGUACACCUGAGGUUGGCCAAUGGACAGUGCAAUACAAAGGGCUGUAUUGAAGGUGUGUGUGCCAGCCGGACAGUGUUGUCAAUCAUUUCAUGAUGCUGGUUGUCAUAGUAACUGGUAUCUUUGCUUUCACAGAGGAUGUGGCCUACAGCUCUUUCUACACAGAGGCAGACUACCCUGUGACCAAAGUACUGAGGGACCCUGUGUACGCGGAGGUUCAGCUCCUUGGAAAGACGGAUCCAAACCUUGUCCUGACCCUUGGACGCUGUUGGACAACCACAAGCCUGAACCCUCACAGUCUUCCCCAGUGGGACAUUCUGAUAGAUGGGUAAUAACAAAACCAGUUUCAAUGUCUGACUAAGAUUUCAUUUCCUUUAAAACUCGUGAAUAUUAAAAGUUUCCAGAUCUUCAUAGGUCUCAUGGAAAUUUAAGAUACUGACCACCAUUACCUGACCUUCGUUUUGUCACCACCAGGUGUCCAUACAGAGAUGAUCGCUACUUGUCAUCUCUGGUUCCAGUGGGCCCCUCCUCUGGUCUGGACUUCCCAAGUCACUACCGGCGAUUCAUUUUCAAAAUGUUUACCUUUGUGAACCCUGAGUCAAUGGAGCCCAUGAAGGAACAGGUAAUGAAAAUACAUUGUUUAUAGAAAUUGGCAGGACAUUACUUGGUAUAACAGAAAAAUGUUCACCAUGUCAACAAAGGGUGCUGCUUGGUUAUGAACACUCUCUCUGUUUCAGGUGUACAUUCACUGCAGUACCGCUGUUUGCACCCCUGCAGCAGGUCACUCCUGUGAACCAUCAUGCUCAAGAAACAGUAAGAACUUGAUUUAUUAUCAGCAGAUUUUCAGAAGUAAUAUGGACUAAUAUCUGACCACGCUUGUGUUAUUGUGUGUCUGCAGAGAGAGAUGUCCGAGCUGUGGACCAGAGCAGCGCUAGUCCAAAGGUUGUAGUUUCUGCUGGACCUGUGAUUAUUGCCCCAGCUGAGCAGUAA